UCUGACGCAGCAGUUCCGCAUUCCUGAGCCGAGCUUAGUACUUAAACGGGCUGAUGCAACGACCUCACUUAGUUCCAAAACCCUACAUCCGACUCCUGACUCCCACACCGUCCUUUUUAAUACUGCGGAUUUUUUCAGACGUACAACAGCGGCGGUGGUGGCCGGGUUGGACAUGAUGCCGGGACAGAUACCUGACCCUUCGCUGGCGGCUGGCUCCCUGCCCAGUCUGGGCCCGCUGGCGGGCAUCUCGGCCACCACGCUCACUGAUCAACUCAAGCUGGCUGACUUCCGCCAGCUGGGCACCAUGCUGUCUCCGCUGCACUUCCUGGGCAGGCUGGGGAAGAGGCCGCUGGCCAUCAAGACAGAGAUGGAUGAAGAUGAAGAAAGGAGGAAACGGAGACGAGAGAAAAACAAGGUAGCUGCAGCACGAUGCCGAAACAAAAAGAAGGAACGGACUGACUUCCUUCAAAGGGAAUCGGAGCGUCUGGAAAUGGUGAACUCCGAGCUGAAGGCCCAGAUCGAGGAGCUCCGUCUGGAGAGGCAGCAGCUGAUGGUGAUGCUCAAUCUUCACCGGCCUACCUGCAUCGUGAGGACCGACAGCGUGAAAACACCCGAGAGCGAGGCCAACCCACUGUUGGAGCAGCUGUCCUCUGAAACCAAGUGAAACCAGGAAACCAGGGACGUUCCUGAAGCCCAGACUAGCACCACCGUGGCUGCCAAUUACAUAUAAACAUAACUGGCAAUACAUUUUUAAACAAACACUUGAGCUCCGAGCUGGAGACUUUUGGAGACUUUGCCCAAAGAUCUGAGGUUGUGGGGCUUCCUCAGUACUGCUACAUGAGCUGGCUCUGUCCAUUGGAAGACUGGAAAUGCCCAGAUUCAUCUCCACGUUAAGUGUUGUUGUUGAUACCCACUGUGCCUCGUUGUUACUUCAACCAUCUCUACAAAAAGGGACCAAUGGAAACAGUAGAGUAUGUCUGGAAACAGCGCUGAGGAAACACACUAAAAUCAUUAUGGUGCUCUGUUACAAAAGCCCUGCGUAGAUUGUGUGGCAUUGUUUCAGUGCAGUGUUCUGCAGUUUUCCUAAUGUAUGCUAGCUGAAAUAUAAAGGUGUAGAGUUGUUAGGAUACAAUACUCAUUACAGAUACACCAAAAGGAGUAGAUUUUUUUUUUUUCUUCAAUGUUUAUUUCUAUACCCUGCCUCGUCAAUGGCAGUUACCGGUUGAUCCGAUUUGUGGUGACGCUGGCGUCAUGAAAAGCACAUAUACACAAAUGUUUACACCCUUAUUUUUUUGGACUUGUUGUCUGUCCAUUAUUGUACUUGUUUUAUACUGCUUUCUAUACAUAAACAUAUAUGAAAUGCUUGUUAAUCACUUGACGUGAUUUGUCUCUUCAGUCCUUGCAGUCUGUCAUGUUGCGCUGUCAAACAGCUGUGAAAACGAGCAGAAGCUCGUCAGCUGAGCAGUAUUUCAGUGUCUGUUCUGCGGCUCUCUUUAUGUAUGAACUGAUAUCCUGACUGGAUUAAAUUUUAUUUUCUAACUACAAAAAAA